UUUUAAUUCGUCGAGUGCUGGCUGUUUGUUCUCCUGACCGGGGCUUCUGCAUUAGGCUCUGACAAAGGGAGAAAGGUGAGCUCUCUUUUUGGUACGCCGGCUCUUUCCUUACGAAUAUGAUUGCUUCGAGAGUUGAGCGCUGAAGAGGAAAUAACGGCUUCUUGACAAACCUAAAGUUACGGAUCAUCAUGGACGACCCUCUCACUGCAGCACGGUAUAAGGCGAUGAGAUGGAACACACCGCUCUCCGAGCGCCAUGCGGGCGAAUUGCUGGAGCAUCUGAACUUGUCCACUGCAACCCACAUCGUGGACAUAGGUUGUGGUUGGGGCGAAUUACUCCUGCGAGCGGCGGCAGGAAGUGGAGUCAAGGCGACCGGCGUCGACACUGACCCAGCUGCUCUUGACCGAGGGAGGCGAGCAGCCAUGAAACGUGGCCUGGACGUCGCCUUUGUCGAGCAGCGGGCCGAGGAUUGGCAGGGAACCGCCGACCGCGCAUUGUGUAUUGGCUCGUCACACACUCUCGGCGGGAGCCGCGCGAUGCUUGCGCGACUGGCGGAUAUCGUCCCUCGCGGGAGGGUGCUGCUCGGUGACAUGUGUUGGGAGAGAACCCCCACCGAGGCUGCGCACGCCAUCUUCGGUGAUGAUGUUCUCCAACUCGCUGAUAUGGUCGCGAUGUGCCGGGAGACGGGUUGGGAGGUGCUACACCUGAGCACCGCAGACCAACGCGAAUGGGAUGACUUCGAGUCGCGGCAUCGCGCGGGACUCCGGGAGUGGCUGCUGGCUAAUACCGAUGAUUCUCGGGCGGAGGGGAUCCGGGCCGAGCAAGAUACCAGAGAGCAUGAGUACUUAACAGUGUAUCGCGGGGUGCUAGGUUUUGCGUACCUGGUGCUUGGCCGGUAAGCCACGUAUCUAGGCGUGGUCUUCAUAUCUUACCUGUAG